CAGCUCCUCAUAACCGCCCACGGCCUCAACAACAAAUACUACGGUACUCACUUUUCACUUUCUUUGCUCCUUCCUCUAACAAACCAGCAAACAUGUCCGGACGUGGCAAGGGCGGCAAGGGCCUGGGCAAGGGCGGCGCCAAGCGCCAUCGCAAGGUGCUCCGCGACAACAUCCAGGGCAUCACGAAGCCCGCUAUCCGCCGGCUGGCUCGUCGUGGCGGUGUGAAGCGUAUCAGCGGCCUCAUCUACGAGGAGACCCGCACAGUGCUCAAGACCUUCCUGGAGAACGUCAUCCGCGACUCGGUCACCUACACCGAGCACGCUCGCCGCAAGACCGUGACCGCCAUGGACGUGGUCUACGCGCUCAAGCGCCAGGGCCGCACCCUGUACGGCUUCGGUGGCUAAGCAGUUUUUAUUCCUGUGCACGUUGGGCGCCGCGUCCUCCUUCGAAGCCCAAGGUUGUGCAACGUGUCCAGGAUCCCCCACCCACCCCAAAAAAACUCGGUGUUUCUCACCUGCUGCACGGGCCCCAGUUUGCUAUCAGACAUUGUACUAUUGCGGCAUGGUCAGGUGCAUCCACAGGAACCUGCUCCGGCCACACAC